AUGAUGUCGUUUGUGGAUUUCCAUGAUGAGAUGUCUGGUCUCGACAGUGAGUCCUUGCGUUCAGCGCCGGAAAGUCUUCGCGAUGAAUACCACGAAUGGAUGUCAGAAUCGGGGCGAAACUCACGGGCUGGGAUGAAUGCGGUGCUGGACAGACCUUCUCCGCGGAUUCUCUCGCCGUCUCGGAGCGAUCAUAUCCUCGAUGAUUUUCCACAUCCUCCCAAUCGAACAAAAGGACUAGACAUCAUCACCGAAGAACAGACGACGCCCUCACAGUCACUCGCAGAACAGGCGUAUCCCACUCCGAAGUCCUCGAUCAAAAACAUGCGACGACAUGUCACGGUCAGUGAGCUACCGCUGCUUCAAGAGACCAAUCCCUAUGAAGAUGCGGAAGAUUACAACCCAGUGAGUGAAGAGGGCGCUUCAUUCGAGUUGGUGGCCCCGUGGGACGGCGUCGAUGCUCCUCUUCAUAAGCUAGAGCGAAUGUCAGAUGUCAUGUUCGGGAAGGAGCACAUGUUGUGUAUUCUUAACAAUCCUCGAUAUCUCGCCAGGUUUCGAGAAUUCCUGCUGGAGGAGAGACCGCGGUCGAUCUCAACUCUCACGUACUAUCUCAAUGCCGUCAAAGCAUCGAAAGCGCUUGAAUAUGCGAAUGCGCUCGUCCGAUUGUCUACCGACGUUCCGCCUCCGGCUGUUCAAGCCAUCCAAAAUGAGACUGAAGCUGUCGGGACGACGGUCAACCGAGUGCUCGAGCGGCGUAUUGAGGAUGGUCUCAAUGCCCUGGUUGCCGAGGAGCUUCCUGCAUACAUCACUGCCCGAUGCAUCACUAUUACCAGCAAAAUUGUCGAAGAGCGUGUUCGCGGCACACUCCCCAUGAAGUUCCGAGACACAGCGAAUGCCCUGGCCGAGGUCUUUUGUCUAACAGACCCAUCGCGUCCGGAUAAUCCUAUCAUCUUUGCCUCAAAAGAAUUUCAUCGAACAACACAGUACGGCAUGGACUACGUGCUAGGCCGAAACUGUCGUUUCCUCCAAGGUCCCAAAACAAACCCGAACAGCGUACGCCGGCUCCGAGAAUCUCUGAAGGCAGGGAGACAUCACUCUGAGCUGUUUCUGAACUAUCGUCGAGAUGGAUCCCCAUUCAUGAAUCUCCUACAAUGCGCACCGCUCUAUGACAGCAAGGGAAACGUGAAAUACGUGAUUGGCGCCCAAAUUGACGUCUCUGGACUCACGCUUGACGGAGUGCAGAUGGAAUCCCUCCUUGACCUUCAGUCCCGCUAUCGCGAUCCAGACGAAGAGAGCAUUGCAGAAAUGUCCACCACACCGCACAAAGAUGAAUUCCGUCAGCUCUGCGAACUAUUUAGUCCCAAGGAGCUUGCAGCUGUACAGGAGCACGGCGGAGAUCUAUUCCAGCCCCUGCACACGAGGCCGUCGUCACACAAUCACAGACAUCGGUUGCCGCGAGGAGGAUCCAUGGACAGCGAGUCAGAAGCGAUUCGCCUUCGAGACGUCAAGUCUCCUCUACUGCGAGGACUGACUGGUGUAUAUGAAAAUUACCUUCUUGUCCGGCCUUACCCCUCCCUCCGCGUCCUGUUCACGUCGCCCUCGCUACAGAUUCCAGGCAUUUUGCAAUCAUCAUUCCUUUCUCGCAUUGGAAGCUCUUCGUCUGUCAAAGAGGAGUUGAUGGCAGCGAUGCAGCAAGGCCAUAGUGUCACCGCACGAAUCAAGUGGAUCACCCGAUAUAACAGCGACGGCCGCAGUCGAUGGAUUCACUGUACACCGUUGUUUGCUAGCAAUGGGCAGGUCGGUGUGUGGAUGGUGGUUGUUGUUGAAGACGAGGAGGAGCAGAUUCCUAUUAAUUGGCGCACGUGA